GUUGAUACAGUCUGCAUCAACCAGGACGAUAUGAAGGAACGCAAUCACCAGGUCUCUCGAAUGGGAUCGAUCUAUAGCCAAGCAGAAAGGGUAUUUGCGUGGCUGGACCUGUCUGACGAAUUCACGGUGGAGGCAUUGGGCUUUCUUCAAAGCUUCGAUCCCGAGAUUGAAAGGGUACGGUCUAUAUCACUUCGACCAUACUGGACUAGACUUUGGAUCAUUCAAGAACUCCAGCUAGCUUCGGAAGCCUACGUC